UGAUGAAAGCAAACACACACCAUCAAAGCAUCAUAAAAACUAGGCAAAAUAAAAAAGAAAAAAAACAAACAAACAUGUCCUAUACCAAUGAGAAAGAGAAUCAUGUGGUUGAAUGUCACACCCCACAAAUAGAUGACAAUGAUACACUCUCUGCUAUGGUACUUGGUGCAAAUAUGGUGUUUCCUGCAGUUCUUAACGCUGCAAUUGAACUCAAUUUAUUUGACAUCAUAGCUAAUGAAAGUAAUGGUGGAUUCAUGUCAUCCUUUGAAAUUGCUUCAAAGCUACCAACACAACAUUCUGAUUUACCGAAUAGGCUCGAUCGCAUGUUUCGAUUGCUUGCAAGCUACUCUCUUCUGUCUAUUUCUACUCGGACCAAUGAUGAUGGUAGCAUAGUGAGAGUUUAUGGGAUCACACCAUCUGGUAAAUAUUUUGUCAAGUAUGAAAAUGAUGGCUAUUUGGGGUCAAUGACUUCAUAUUUGUGUCACCCUGCUUUCUUAGGGGUGUGGUUGAAUUUCAAGGAUGCAGUUAUGGAUCCACAGAUUGACCUAUUCAAGAAAGUUCAUGGAAUAUCUAUCUUUGAGUACUUUAAGAAAGAUCCACAAAUAAACCACAUAUUUAACAAAUCAAUGACUGAUACAUGUACACUCCACAUGAAAACAAUCCUUGAAAUAUACAAAGGAUAUGAGGAUAUAUCAACCCUAAUUGAUGUAGGAGGUGGAAAUGGACAAAGUCUCAAAGCCAUUAUAUCCAAAUAUCCAUCAAUAAAGGCAAUCAACUUUGACCUCCCACAAGUGAUUGAAAAUGCACCACCCUAUCAUGGGAUCGAGUAUUUUGGAGGAAAUAUGUUUGAAUCUGUUCCACAAGGAGAUGCUAUAAUGCUUAAGCUUGUGUGCCAUAAUUGGCCAGAUGAAAAAUGCUUAGAAAUUUUAAGGAAUUGUCACAAAGCUUUGCCUCUAAAUGGUAAGGUUAUUAUUGUGGAGUUCUUACCACCAGAAGAUCUAGGAUCAGAGAAUGCAUCUAAGAUGGUUUCAACUGUUGACAACAUCAUGUUUAUCACAGCUGGUGGUAAGGAAAGAACUCCAAAAGAAUAUGAGAGUUUAGGUAAACAAUGUGGAUUUUCUAAACUUCAAGUUGUUUGUCGUGCUUUCUCCAUCCUUGGAGUGAUGGAACUCUACAAAUAACCAAGUCACAUCUAGGAUCAAUAAGUCACACAUCGUUUGUAAUAUAUCAUAUAAAUGUGGCAUGUACUUUAUAUUUUCUAGAUUUCAAAUUGUUUGUUGCACUUUAUUUUAUUAUUACCAUAGUGUUCUACUCAAAAAAAUAAUGUCAUGGAGUUUUACAAAUAAGUGAAUCGCUUUAAUUGAUCGUUAA